AUGACACUUAACAAGGAUUCCAAGAUCAUUUUAGUCGGAGCUGGUGUUUUCGGUUUGUCCAACGCUUUGCAUCUUGCGAAGAGUGGUUACAAAAAUGUCACAGUAUUUGACAGAUUAGACUUCGGAGCAAACCACUAUACAUUACUUGAGGGCGCAGAUACUGCUUCCGCUGAUAUAAACAAGAUUUUCAGAGCCCAAUAUGCAGAAAAGAAGCAUUAUCAAGAGCUCGCAUUUCGAGCUUUCGAAAUAUGGCAGGAAUGGGAUCGUAAAAUACAAUUACUCCCAGAAUCGGAAGUCAAAGAGUUUACUGGCUUGCGUUUGUUGGAUCUAUGUGGUAUGUUGAGGCUAGAUGACCAGGUUGGGUGGGAAGAGUUAGCAUCAAGAGAUAAUUUUGCUAGAGAAGGACUUGGUCCUUUACGUUUUGAUAUCAACGAUAAGAACGAUCUUAAAAGGGCUAAAGCUCAGGGCUACGGCCCAAAAGUUCAGUUUGCAUUAGAUUUGCAGUCAAAAAUUCCUGAUUUGGAAGGUGUAUUCGACUCCACAUCUGGGAUGUUAUAUGCAUCUAGAUGUUUACAAUAUGCUGCUUACCUUUGCAAGUCAAUGGGUGUUCGCUUUAUCAUGGGAGGAGAUAAAGGUACUUUCAAAGAAUACGUAAUGAUAAGCAACAAAAUAGUUGGGGGGAUAGUUACUCGAGAUGGAAAGAAGCAUGAGGCUGAGUUGGUAGUAAUUAACUGUGGUCCGUGGUCAACGUCUCUCGUCCCAGAGUUGGACGGUAUAAACGAGGGGACAGGUGGAAAUAUUCUAAUUUGCAAAAUACCUGAUAGUCGUAAGGACUUGAAAGUUAAGUAUUCCUCUAAGAAUUUUCCUAUUAUUGGCUGGAAAAGUGGACAUUCAAGGGAGCAUGACUAUUUGGCUGGCAUGUUUAUUUUUCCAGUGAUCGAGCCCGAAGGCAUCCUAAAGAUUAUUGUGAGACAAACAAAGUAUACAAAUCCAGAGAAAUUGGCGAAUGGAAGAGUUGUCUCAAUACCAAAGACAUCAAAUAGUAAUCCGCCUUUUGAGGCUUUGCCUCGACAUAUUGUUUAUCAAGUGAGGGAAUGGCUUCAGACAUUUUUCCCAGAUUUGAUUGAUUUAAAAUGGGAAAGUAGGAUUUUAUGGUACACCGAUACGAUUAACAAUGACUAUAUUUAUGAUUAUGUCCCAAACAAAAAAGGUUUAUUUGUUGCUUGUGGAGGCUCGGGUCAUGCAUUCAAGAUGCUACCCGUGCUAGGCCAAUUUCUUGUAGAUAAGAUUGAAGGACGUGAAAAUUUCUACACAAAAUUGUUUGCCUGGAGAAAUGCUAAAGAUUAUGAAAAAGAUCCAAACGGCCUAAGGGAAGGAUUAAAUGGGGCAAGAGUAUACAAAAGACAAUUGAUGUCAUCCCCUGAAGACUAUAUAUUCAACAAGAUGGCUCCACAUUUGUAA